GGGAAAAACCUAGCUCAUUUGGGAAGAAAAGGGCGUUUUUUGAAAUCGACGACGAUAGCAAAAGCAGCAACAACGAUAACACAAAGUGUCAAAACAAAAACCAAGUUGUAGGGUGGCCGCCGGUUUGUGCUUAUAGGAGGAAGAAUAGCUUUAAUGGACGUGAAUCGUCCUCUAAAAUGUACGUCAAAGUUAGUAUGGAUGGAGCCCCGUUUCUUCGAAAACUUGAUUUGAACACUCACAAAGGAUAUUCUGAACUUGUCAUGGCUCUUGAGAAGCUCUUUGAUUGUUAUGGAAUUGGCAAAGCGUUGGAGGAUGCAGAGAGUUCAGAGUACGUACCAAUAUAUGAGGACAAAGAUGGGGACUGGAUGCUUGUGGGCGAUGUUCCCUGGGAGUAAGUUCACUU